AUGGAUUGGGCCAUGAAAUUUUUGCCAGCCAGUUUCAGAGAAACAGAGCGGGACUGGUUUGGCAAAAAGGAAAAAUCAUGGCAUGUGACAGUUGCCGUGACUAAGAGUGAAGAUGAGGAGAUAGAGGUAAUCACCUAAAAAUGGCUACUGUAGAACCAUCUGGUUUGAUUGAAACUAUGUGGUUAAAUUCUAAUGGAAGAGGGAUGUUUUAUCAAGUUAGAAAUAUGCUCCCAUAAAAAUGUUAUUUGGGUAAUGAAGGCGUCGCAUGAUGUAAUCCAUGUAUACCACCAGCAGAUGCCUAAAUGUAUCUGGAGUAGUUCAAGUCAUUGCUAAGUCCGUCUUUUACUUUUUUCCCCAAGCCCGAACCUAUAUCCAUUUGUUCGAAGAAUGUACUCAAAAUUGGUUUGCUUUGGCUUCAAUCAUAGAGCACACACUAACAACGCUAAACGCGGCAAACACGACUCAUUCAAGAGGCAUUUUUAAGGAGCGACAAUGCAGGAUGCUACCAUUGUGCUUAUCUAAUCUUGUCACUUCCUACCAUUGGAGAGCGUGCAGGCAUUAUGAUAAAGAGAUAUGACUUUAGUGAUCCACAGGCUGGAAAAGACAUUUGCUAUAGAAGAACUGCUGCGUUGAAGGCUCACAUGCGACGUUACAUAAAUGAACGUAAAAUUUUUUUGUUGUUUGUCAGUUUGGGACAGCACAACAAAGAAAACAUUGCUCAACUUCAGAAAGUGCAAACUUUUGCGGCUAGGGUUGCCACCGGGGCAAGAAAAUGUGACCACAUCACCCUUACAUUAAAGCAACUCCAAUAGUUGCCGGUUGCUUGCAACUUGAGGUGAAAGACGCUGUAAUGAGAUUUAAAUGCUUGCACGGACUAGCCCCAGCACAUCUGAUGUUCACUCUCUCAAUACUAUACACAGAAACAAGUUGGAUUUACCGCGAUUUCCGAACAGCUACCGGUCAGCGAUCAUUUGUGUAUAGAGUCAAUCGGCUAUGGAAUAAUUUUAUCUCGGACCCUAACUGAUGUGAAUAAUUUGAUUAAUUUUAAGGAUGUUCUUAAAAGUCGCGCUUGUGAGCAUUUUAUAGUUUCAUAGAACCUAGACCUAGAUUCUUUUAUACCAGCCAGGAUAGUUUUCUAGUUUUUGGAUGCAUUUUUUGCCCAACUAACCAUUUUAUUCGAGUGACAAAUUAAAAAGUCACGACAUCACAAGAGCUAGAGACAUGAAAACUGCUAUUGAUUCCUAUGGUGGAGUUAAAGCGUGCCAAGCAGCAGUUGUGAAGAUUCAGGAGUCUAACCAAACAAUGAAGAAGCACAAAAUGACCGGAAUUCAGGCUCUCAAUAAUUUCACCUUCGAGUCAGCAGGUUUGCGAGUAUGGAGGGCCUACAAUGUGGGCAAUGGAAAACUUUUCACACCAACACAGGUGAAGCGAUUUGGUUUGCCUCAGGGGCCUACCGGUCCCCAAGUCGUGCAGUCCUUUAGCAUACCACGGGAGGAUGUUGGUGUUUUUAGGUCUGUGUCAACAAGGGCCGAGUGCUUGCGUCCUCAGCCUUGCACUCCACAAUCCGUUGAAGCUUCCCCAGCUGAUGAAGCUACACGAUCUUUCUUCUCCUGUCCUGAGGAAAGAUGUACAAAGACAUACCAGUCUUUUACAAAUCUGCGGAAACACCUGGAUGCGGGUAAACAUCUUGUCAAAUUAGAGAGAGAAUCGACCUUCGACAGUGUAAAGAAGAAAUGGGCCGAAAAGUGCAAAGAGGUCUCGGGGAGCUACAUACAAAGAGAAACAGCUUCCAAACGCAAACAUCUAGGUAUGAUCCCACUUGCCAGAUCUCCAGCGGAUGGGCAUUAA